AUGAACAAAUUAAGCAGAAUGAACAAAUUAAGCAGAAUGAACAAAUUAAGCAGAAUGAACAAAUUAAGCAGAAUGAACAAAUUAGGCAGAAUGAACAAAUUAAGCAGAAUAAACAAAUUAAACAAAAUAAACAAAUUAAGCAGAAUAAACAAAUUAAGCAGAAUAAACAAAUUAAACGAAGUGGGGGUCCAGCACCCCACAAAUUACAGCUGUAACCAAGUUGUCUAG